CCCUCGUCACAGCUGGGUGGGCUGUUAUUUGUUCCAUGUGGUACUAAGAGGCUUCGCAAGGUGAGUUCUGUUGACUGUGAUGAACAUUCUCCUGCAUGUCACUUGGGGCCUGUAGCCUCGUUCCUGUUGUGGACACCUGGGGGUGCAUGUGUGGUGAUGGACUCUCCAUGCUGGACCGUGGUGGACACUGCCCAACUGAAAGCGUUUGGAAAGCAGGAAGGUGACUUCAGAGCACCUCUCUAUCGCCCACAGACAGCACUUGUUGCUAAGCAACUCUUUCCUCUUUCACCUCCAUCCACUGAGUUAUUGGACAAGCCCUGCUUCUGGGAAUGCCAAAAGGCCUGUCUAUUUUUAGGCAGAAAAGAAAGACUACCCAGUACCUUCUGCCCACAGCCUUACUCAGUAGAGCAGAUCAAUAUGCUCGGCGCUGAUGAGGGUUCUCGGAAACCUAUAAAGGCCCCGCUUUCCUUGCUCUCCCUCCAUUCCUCCCAUCAUCCGUCAGACGUGCUUUCCUGCACAGUGGGCAGGGAGGUCCGCGGGAACCGUAAAACAUGAGGGUUCUCUUUCUUUUUGCUGUCUUCUUCUGUUUGGUCCACACGAACUCAGGGGACAUCCCUCCUGGAAUCAGAAACACUAUCUGCCUCCUGCAACACGGGAAGUGCAGACUGUUUUUUUGCUACGCUGGUGAGAAAAAGGGUGAUAUUUGCUCUGAUCCCUGGAAUAGGUGCUGUGUACCAAAUCCCAGCGAAGAAGGGAAAUGGAAGGUGGCGAAUCUGGAACCUAAAACGCAAGCUCCCGUAAGGCCGAAAGCUCUGAACAUCACAAAGAAUUAAAAGAACUUGUGGCUAACAGUCGGUGCUCAAUAAACACUGGUCGACUGAAUCUGGCACCGCGGUGAAGGUCUGGUGACAGCAUCUUCUUGAGCGCUUCCUUACUUUGCCAUUUUCUUUUUUUUUGUUCAAGGAGUUCCAGGAUUUUGUGAUAUUUCAUCUCUUUUCACUCUUCCCUCCUUUUCUUAUUCCAGAGAGACAGAGAGAGAGAGCAGAGUAGAAAGCAAACUCCAAAUUUUAUUUUCACAUGGCACAGAAAUGCAGCCCAUCUAAUGGCCUCGCUUCCACCUAACGAUCCCUGCACUAGCCUUCUUGCACUUAUUCACACAGACUGCAAGGGGCCUCCGCAGCCAUAACAGCAGUAGGUCACACUUACAUAGAAUUGUAUGUUUUCAGACAUUUACUCUUAGGUUAUCUCAACUGAAUGAAACAACAGUCUUAGGGAGUGUGUAAUCAGUAUAAGCACUUCCACUUUAAGGAAUGAAGAAAAAAGAAGAUAAUAAUUUCAAUCAAAUUAAGUCAGCAAUUCACAGACAGGACUCUUGAAUCACCUCAUCAACCAAGAGUUCAUUCUUUGCUACUUCUAAAGACAUGUUCCUGGGCAGUUAAAGUAAGUAGGGUCCUGUCCAUGAAGACUCCUUAACACUUAACCACUGUCCUUUACCCUCCUGUGGAUCUUGCUCACAGUGUUAUCCAUACCAAGCUUCCAGCCCAUCAUCUCAAGGAUAGUGAAUAUUAAUUACAGAUAAGGAACUUAAGAAAUAAUUAAGGCGAUGAGCUGGUGUGUGAUAGCCCUGUGCUAAGCUAUCUCUGGAACAAGAGGGCCUGAUAUCUUGUUUUCAUUUCAGUUCAUGACCUGAAUGCAGUUUGCUAAUGAAUCAGCUGAGUGCACUUAAUGUAACUUAGAAUAUGUUAUUUUAGCUUCCUGUCUCCAUCGUUUAGGUUCCUGUCACCUCCAGUUGCAAUGAAUAUUUGACAAAAUGCCUUGGGGCUCUCCCCAGCUUCUUCUAAACACUCCUGCAUUUUAUUUUCUAAAAACAAUCAGGCAGACCCCUUAGAUUCAGCGUGGAGCCUCUCUCAGUCACAGACGGCUCAGCAAGGUCCUCUCUCACCCCUGGAGGGUGGAAUACCUCCCCAUACUUGUCUGGAUGCCUGCCCGGGAGGGGUGCUGGCCCCUGGGUCAGCCUUUGCUCCUGAGUGAAACACAGCCAAUCUCUCUGCCUCCAGGAGGGCAGACACACUCUCAGCCAGGAGUGUGACCACUCCGAGCCCAACAGAUGGGAGAUAUGCCAUGAAAAGAUGGCCGGUGCCCAAAACCUGGGCUGGAGCCUAGUUCCACAUUCUCCACUGAGCAGGAGACCUGAGCCGCAGCCCCUGACCUG